AUGGAAAAUGAGAAUGAAGAUUAUGAGGAAGGGGAGCGGUUCAAUCCUCAAGUGGGAGGAGCGGAACAACACUAUCCGCCUCCUCCCCCACUUGAGAAUGUGAAUCGCCAAAGGCAUCAAGAACGCCCAAGGGAUGAUCGACCCCACUUGCAUCCACAAGUGCACAAUCAACCAAGACAAACUUUGGGCGAGUUCUUUUUGCCGAAUGUGGAUAAUGCCACGUUUGGAUGCUUUGCAAUGCCGGUUCAAGCGGCAACCUUUGAGAUCAAGCCAAGUACGAUACAACUUUUAGAGAACCGUUGUGCGUUUUACGGGUUGAGUCAAGAGGAUCCCAAUGCGCACAUCGCCAAAUUCUUGGGUGUACUCAAUACGUUCAAGCUUCAUGGGAUAACCGCGGAUCAAAUCAAGUUGAGAAUGUUCCCCUUCUCUUUAAGGGAUAAGGCUAGCUUAUGGCUUCACUCUCUACCCAACGAAUCCAUCCACAAUUGGAGGGAGUUGGCUCAAGCGUUUCUCAACAAAUAUUUCCCUCAUGGCAAGACUACAAAGUUGACCAAGGAUAUUCUUGAGUUUAUUCAAUUUGAAGGGGAGUCACUUUAUGAGGCAUGGGAGCGUUUCAAAGAUUUACAAAGGAGUGUCCCCCAUCAUCGGCUCAAUAAAGAGCAUGUGAUCCAAAUCUUCUAUGAUGGGACGACUAUUACUACUAGAGUAACAAUUGAUGCGGCUUCGGGCGGAUCACUAAUGCAAAAGACGUAUGAAGAGGCGCUAGAAUUGGUGGAAAAGUUGGCGAUAGUUAGUAGCACUUGGGGCCCUAUUGAUAGAAGAGCUCCAUCUACUCAAAAGUCAGUAAUGACUCUUGAUCAAGUGAGGGAAAUGGAGGCCAUAAAAGCAACUAAUGCUUCAUUACAAGCACAAGUGGAUGCCCUCAAGAAACAAGUUGCUCCAAGAAACGCACCGGUCGCCUAUGUUCAAGUGGGAUGUGAGCAUUGUGGGGACUACAACCAUAGUAAUGGGGAGUGUUAUGCCACGGGGAAAGCUUGGAGUGAGCAAGUGAACUAUGUUGGAGGCCAAGGGCAAGCUAAUGACCCGUACUCUAAUACCUACAACCCCGGAUGGAGUAAUCAUCCGAACUUUGGAUGGAGAAACCAAGAAGGUCAAGGCAAUGCUCAAGCCUCCAACCAAGCGGGUCCUAGUUUUCAAGGAGGAAAUAGACCUCAAUAUCAACAACAACCACAAGGUCAAUACCACAACAACCAACACCAAGGGAACAAUUAUGGUGGUAGACCACAACACCCUCCCGGUUUCCAACAACCAAGGAACACGGAUGAGGGAAACAUGCUUGCCAAAUUGAUGGAGAAAUUUGAAAAGAUGGAGGUUGAAAAUAGGCAACUUCACAAUGAAAAUAGGCAAAGGGAGAAGAACCAAGCUUCCACCAUCCAUCACUUAGAGACCCAAAUCUCGCAAAUGGCACUUUCGCUCCAAGGUAGACCUCAAGGGGGAUUGCCCUCUACUACGGAAAACAAUCCUAGAGAGCAUGUGAAAGCCAUCAAAGUUGUGGAACUUCGAAGCGGUAGAGUCCUUGAUGUUGAUCAUGAUAAGGAUCUUGAAAAAGCUAAUGGCAAGAGGCCAAUGAUUGUGGAGGUUGAGCCUCAAAUGGUAAUAGAUGUUGCAAGCUCUAGUCAAGAGCUACCAAAGUCGUGUGAGGAGGUGGCUAUUGAUAUUGAUGUUGAAGAACCAUAUGUGAGGCCACCACCACCACCACCUUUUGUGCCUAAAGUACCAUUCCCAAGCCGGUUGAGAAAGGCUCCGGAUAAUGAAAAGUUUCAUAAGUUUCUUGAAAUAUUCAAGAAACUUCAAAUAAGCAUGAGCCUAGGGGAUGCCUUGCGAGAGAUGCCCCAAUACGCUAAGUUCUUGAAAGACAUAAUUAUGAACAAGCGAAGUUGGGAACAAGGCGGAACAAUUCCUCUAACGGAAAGUUGUAGUUCUAUUAUCCAAAGAAAUCUACCAACCAAGCUACAAGAUACAGGGAGUUUCACGAUUUCUUGCUUAAUUGGCACUUCUACUUCUCUUAAUUGUCUUUGCGAUUUAGGUGCAAGUAUAAAUCUAAUGCCGUUGUGUUUUUUCAGGGAAAUAUGUGGAAACCAACCGAUAAAACAAACUUCCAUGAUGCUCCAAUUGGCCGACCAUUCGCUCAAGAGACCGCACGGGGUUGCGGAAGACGUGCUAGUAAAAGUGGGCAAGUUCAUCUUUCCGGUGGACUUUGUUGUGCUUGAUUAUGCGGUCGACAAAGAUUGCCCCAUGAUUCUCGGGCGUCCUUUUUUGAAUACGGGGAGAGCAUUGGUUGAUGUUAAUGGUGGGAAGAUAACAUUAAGAAUGAAUGAUGAGAGCAUGGUGUUUGACAUCAAGCAUGGCAAAAGCAAGUGUGAGGAGGAGAAAUGCAUGAAGAUUGAUACUAUUGAGCCCACAUUGCAUGUGCCUAUGAAGGAGGUUCCUAUGAAAGAACCCGAGGUUAUGUGUGCAAAAAUCAAGACAACACCUCAUGUCAAGCCACGCAAUGGAAAACCAAGACGUUGGGCAUCAUGGAAGUUGAAGCUCAACGGGAUAGCAACCGCAAACAAGAGACAAAUAUGCACGGAAGUUGCUACUCUUGGUGCUUAG